CCGCGCCCCUGCCCCUGACGCGGCGGGUCGGGCACUUGGCCCGCACCGGCCCGGCCCCUCCUGCUUCCUCCCGACCCGCUCCCAGCGCGCUCCCGGCCUGGUCCCGGCCGGCCUUGAAUUUGCCCCCUGACGGCAGCGGACGUGAGAAAAUGAUUUCCUCCCUUUAGCAUCGCCACUGCCCUCCUGGGUGACAGGCGUAAUGGCCUGUUUUGCACGGAAAGUGAGUUGCCGGCUUCCCCCGGUGGCAGAGCCAGGACGGGAACCCAGGGCUUUGGUUUAUGUGACAGCAGCCCCCUCCUCGCCAUAGGAGAGCUGGUCUUCUUGUCUUUACUCUUUCCAAAGCAGCUUUCUCUAGAAUUUUGGAAUUGUGUCCUUGAUAGGAGUCGGAGGAGGCGGGUGGAAAGGCUUGAGGUAGAGAAAAGUUGUCACAUUUAUGCAGUGAGGUUGGAGCAGGUGCAGGCUGGAAUCCCGGUGCCACCCUCACUGGCUAUGUGGACGGGAACAAGAUGCCUCCUCUUUGCCCUCAGUUUCCUGAUCUGUAAAAUGGGGCUGCUGACAACGGUAGCUGUUCGGUGGGACUGAACGAUGUAGGUGCUGCCUGGCACCCGGUGAGGCUCGGGGAGUUGCUGCUGCUAUUACUGAUGGAAUCUUACGUUUUUCCCUCAGAGCCGGGGAGAGAGCUGGGUCCUGAGCCAGGAUGGUCCAGCCUUUCUCUCUGGACUUGCUGGCUUUUGGCUCUUUCUACCUUCUUUCUCUCUCUGCAGGCACGUGAAUCAUUCUCAGAUCUGGCCUCUGGAGACUCCACCCAUCCUUGAGAAAGAGGACAUGGCUACUGAACAAAGGGAAGCAAGGUCUCAGAUGUCAGUGACGUUCGAGGACGUGGCUGUGCUCUUUACGCGGGACGAGUGGAGGAAGCUGGGUCCUUCUCAGAGGAGCUUGUACCAGGACGUGAUGCUGGAGAACUACAGUAACCUGCUCUCGCUGGGGCUCCCGUUUUCCAAACCCAAAGUGAUCUCCCUGUUGCAGCAGGGAGAGGACCCCUGGAAGGUGGAGAGAGACAGUCCUGGAGGCGCCUCUCUAGGAUGGAAGAGCAGUUAUAAAACCACAAAGUCAACUCAGACGCAAGAUUCUUCAUUUCAGGAGCUGAUAAUGAAAAGAUCCAAAAGGAAUGGACCCUGGGACUGCAAAUCAGAAAAGCCCUGCAUGUAUGAGAAUGGAUUAGAGAAGAAGCAGGAGAAAAAAGAAGGUGUUCAGGAAGUUUUAGUCACUCACAGAAAAAUCCUCACUCUAGAAAGAAAACAUAAAAAUACUGAAUUUAGCCAAAACGUCAGCCCAAAGUCAGUCCUUGUUAGACAGCAGUUGGUUCCCAGAGAACAAAUACCACCAAAAUGUGAGAUACAAGGAAACAGCUUCAAACAGAAUUCAAAGGUACUUAAUCAACAAAAAAUCAACACAGCAGAAAAACGCUAUAAAUGUAGUAUGUGUGAGAAAACCUUUAUUAAUACUUCAUCCCUUCGUAAACAUGAGAAAAACCAUAGUGGAGAGAAAUUAUUUAAAUGUAAAGACUGUUCAAAAGCGUUUAACCAAAGUUCAGCUCUUAUUCAACAUCAAAUAACUCAUACUGGAGAGAAACCCUAUAUAUGUAAGGAAUGUGGGAAAGCCUUCACUCUCAGUACAUCCCUUUAUAAGCACUUAAGAACACAUACUGUGGAGAAAUCCUAUAGAUGUAAAGAAUGUGGUAAAUCCUUCAGCCGAAGGUCAGGCCUUUUUAUACAUCAAAAAAUCCAUGCUGGAGAAAACCCCUAUAAAUACAACCCAGGCAGGAAGGCGUCCAGUUGUGGUACAUCCCUUCCUGGAUGUCAGAGAAUUCAUUCCAGGAAGAAGUCCUAUUUAUGUAAUGAAUGUGGCAAUACCUUUAAGUCCAGCUCAUCCCUUCGUUACCAUCAGAGAAUUCACACUGGAGAGAAACCUUUUAAAUGCAGUGAAUGUGGGCGAGCCUUCAGCCAGAGUGCAUCUCUCAUUCAGCAUGAAAGAAUUCACACUGGAGAGAAGCCCUAUAGAUGUAAUGAAUGUGGAAAAGGCUUCACUUCCAUUUCACGGCUUAAUAGACACCGAAUAAUUCAUACUGGUGAGAAGUUUUAUAAUUGUAAUGAAUGCGGUAAAGCCUUAAGUUCCCACUCGACGCUUAUUAUUCAUGAACGAAUUCAUACUGGAGAGAAACCAUGCAAAUGUAAAGUGUGUGGGAAAGCCUUCAGACAGAGUUCAGCUCUCAUUCAGCAUCAGAGGAUGCACACUGGAGAAAGACCCUACAAGUGUAACGAGUGUGGGAAGACGUUCCGGUGUAACUCAUCCCUCAGUAAUCAUCAGAGAAUUCACACAGGAGAGAAGCCGUAUCGAUGUGAGGAGUGUGGGAUAUCUUUUGGCCAGAGUUCAGCUCUUAUUCAACACCGGAGGAUUCAUACAGGAGAGAAACCCUUCAAAUGUAAUACAUGCGGGAAAACUUUCAGACAGAGCUCGUCACGUAUUGCCCAUCAGAGGAUUCACACUGGAGAGAAACCUUAUGAGUGUAAUACCUGUGGGAAACUCUUUAAUCACAGAUCAUCUCUCACUAAUCACUAUAAAAUCCAUAUGGAAGAGAACCCCUAGAAAGUAGAUCUGCAUGCGUGAAAGCCUGAAACCAAAGCUCAUCAGGACACAUGAGAGUGAUGUAAUAAAUGUGAUAGAGAUGAGAACCCUUUCUAUGAUUUAGUCCUCAUAAGAUAUUAAAUUCCAAGGAUAGACCUUGACUAAUGACUGUUCUGCUGAGGAAAGUGGAAGGUGUUCAUGCCUGUCAGAUGCUUUUUAUAAUAACCUGAAAUGAAGAAUUGACAACGUGGAGACACUGACUUUGGGCACUUAUACAAUUGUUUCUACCGCAGUGUACGCUCCGUAUCACGUGAUUGUCAUAAACAUCUGGGUGAGGAGGGGAGGUGUGCACUGGAUUUCUCAUUUUAAAAAAACUAUAAACAAUGCUUUUUAAAUAACAUUUUUAAUAGCACAUAAAAGGUAUGGUCAAAGAAAUUAUACAUUUUUAGAGAAAAGGACCAAAUAAAAGAUAAAGAUGAACUGUGAACUACCUCUCACUUUCCAGGCUUUGUCCUUUUCCUGACCUGUUAUCAAACUUCGUGCAUGGAUUUCAUUUAAAAAUAGAAAUAAAAGUCUUUUCUCUUC